UUAGUGGAGGAGACGAGUGUAUCAGAUCAGUUAGAGGUGGUGUCAAGAGUGUGCAAAAGUUCUGUUGGUAUGAAUUACCAAGCAUUGCAGGGAAAUGAUGAUGAAGUCGGACCUAAAGCCCUGAUUCUGUACGUAGAAAACGGGGAGGCAGAUCAACAGAAGAAGCAGAUAGAGGUAGAGAAUGAUGACGAAAGAAGACAUGAUGAUUUUAUGGAAACAGACGGUGAGACAGAAACCGCAGCUGAGACGGAAACUGCAGCUGAGACAGAAACCGCAGCUGAGACGGAAACUGCAGCUGAGACGGAAACUGCAGCUGAGACUGAAACUGCAGCUGAGACAGAAACCGCUCCUGAGAAGGACACCACAGCUAAUAUGGAUGGCAGUGGUAAUAUGUAUGUUGAGCAGCUACCUUUAGUAAAAUGUAGUCAAGUUAUAGAGGAAUGGGGAGAUGCUAUGGGUCUGUACCUUCUGCAGGAAUUUCCAAACAAGAGAUCACUUCAAGAGGUGGUGGAUAGAGCUGCAUUUGGUUGCAGCUUUCGUUAUGUUAUUAAAAAAUCUGAUCGAAAACGGUUGGUGUUAAAAUGUUGUGAAGCAAACUGUAAAUGGGGAUUGCGAGCUGCGAGGAUUCGAGAGACGGAAAUUUUUUCUAUUAGGAGGUACUGGGGUGUGCAUACAUGCUCUCGGACUAAUCAAAGUAAUAGCUGCAACAGCAAGAGGAAAGGAUCUGCAGAAUUAGUUGCAACUUUUUUGAAUGAGGAAUAUCCUGGAAAACUGAUGACUCCUGUUCCGAGAGAUAUCAUAGACUUAAUUAAGUUAAGGCUGGGUGUAUCGGUAUCUUACUCCACAGCCUUGAGAGGGAAAAAUCUAGCUAUGCGUGAGUUGCGUGGUAAUUCAGAAGACAGCUACAAGAUGUUGCCUAGCUACUUGUACAUGUUAGAGCAGGUUAAUUCCGGAACAACAACAGAGGUGAAGUUGGAUGAGGCAGGUAAGUUCAAGUACCUUUUCAUAGCUUUAGGAGCUUGCAUUGAAGGGUUUAAGGCCAUGAGGAAAGUGAUUCUUGUGGAUGCUACAUUUUUGAAGAACGGAUAUGGUGGGGUACUAGUAUUUGCUAAAGCUCAAGAUCCUAAUCGUCACCAUUAUCCCCUCGCGUUUGCGGUACUUGACGGUGAGAAUAAUGCUAGUUGGACUUGGUUUUUCGAGAUGCUCAAAACUGUUAUACCGGACUCUUCUGAAAUAGUUUUUAUGAGCGAUAGAAAUCAGAGCCUCAUCACUGCUGUAGCUAAUGUGUAUCCACAAUCUCACCAUGGCCAUUGUAUAUGGCAUCUACCUCAGAAUGUGAGAAACCAUGCUUGUAACACCAUCAAAGCCGUAGUGCCAUGGAGAUUUAUGGAGUUGGCUAGGUAUUACACAGUGCCUGAGUUCGAGGCUGCUUAUGCAUCUUUUAAGGUGAGAUAUCCUUCAGCCUGCAAGUAUUUGGAGGAGAACACUAACAGAGAAACAUGGGCUAGGGUCUACUUUCCAGGUUGUAGAUACAACUUGGACACUAGCAACAGUGUGGAGUCGAUGAAUAGCGCGUUUAGGGACGCAAGGAGGUAUGCCUUGAUACCAUUGUUGGAUACAAUCAUCAAAAAAAUAUCUGACUGGUUUAAUGAACAUCGGAAGGACGCCGUGUCUGGAUCACUUGAUACCAAACUGGUUCCUCUGGUUGAGAUCCAUUUGCACAACUUAUGGGGCAAAGCUGAGAAAACGCCAGUGCGUGAGCUCAAUAGUUAUGAUCUUGAGUACGAGGUUACCGACACUGACAAUGGGAAGGUUUAUUUGGUGAAUUUGAUAGCGAAGUCGUGUAGCUGCAAGGUAUUUGAUUAUGAAAAGUAUCCUUGUCUUCACGGACUUGCUGCUUACUUAUAUUUCCUUGAGGUUCCUGCUGCUAAUGGUCGUCGACGUGAGGUCAACAUAGAGUAUCAUCAGUUGUGCUCAAAGUAUUACUGGACAGAACUUUGGGCAAUGGCUUAUUACAGGACCAUUUAUUCUGUGCCGGACAAGUCUGAAUGGAUUGUACCAGAUCACAUGAAAGAGCUCCAGAUCAUACCUCCGAAAAAGCUGACAAGGAAGGGAAGGAAAAAGGUUAAUAGGAAUCCAUGAGUUGGAGAACGGCGUAAAAGGACACAAAACAUAAGGCGAGCGAGGACAAAUUUUGGUUUUAAUUGGCUGUUGUUUGGAAUGCGUUCUAAUCCUCCAAGUGAAACAAACUAAAUCUUGGAAUGUUGCUUUUGCUAUGUUGCUUUUGCUAUGUUGAACUUGGAAUGUUGUUGUUGUUAAUUUUAAUCGGGUUUGGACAACUACUGAGAACCUUGGUAUAACUAAGUAUAAUUGUUCCUGAAUAUACCCGAAUUUGGUUUUUUAUAUAUCCAAUAAAUGAUAUAAAUUCUCCAUCUUCUCUCUCUCUCUCUUCACUCACUUUUCUCUCUCGAGACUCUUCUGCUUACUUUCUGAGGACAAAAUAUCGAAGAUGCAAGGAGAUGGUUCGGGUUCGUCGAGGAGAAGGGAAAAUUCUGCAAGAAAAUUAUGUUUAUGUUGCUUAGAUGCCGAAAUAAGACAAGCUUGGACAGACAAGAACCCGGGGCGACGAUUUUAUGGCUGUUCGCGUUAUAAGGUAUCCCAGCUGAUGAUAGAAAUUGUGAUCCAAGAUUGAAAAAUAAAGAAAUUAUUUACAAUGGAAUUUUUGGCAGGAGAAAAAUGGAUGCAACUACUUCAAAUGGUUUGAUGUAGAGGAUGGUACAGAAUGGCAAAAAAUGGCUUUGAUUGAAGCCCGAGAUGAGAUCCAAGAGAAGAGUAGGGUGAUCGAGCAAUUAAACCAAACCAUUGCAGAACUCACAAUUAAUUUGGAGAGGAUCCAACAAGAAGAGGAAAUCGUUAGAGACUUUCAAAAUCUCUAUGUUUAAUGGUGUGAGAAAGUUUUAUUCUAAGUUUACUUACUUAUGUUUCCCUGUAUUGGAACCUAUGUAUUUUCUAAGUUUGUGCACUGUCGAACUUAUGUUGCAACUAUGGAAAACCACGGAAAACUAGUAAAACAAGGUGUUACUAUGAUCGUAAAUAACAGAUAUUUACUUGACAUCAUCCCCUCUAAUCCAACACAAAAUUGUUAAUGCACAAACACAUUCACUUCACUACUCCCCUAAUUCAUCAACAGAAACUCCUCCUGAAAUUAUAUUAGUGAAAAAAACUAAACUAAUUCAUCGUCAACACAUUUUCUAUUAUGCAUUGUAUAGUCUUUCCAAGUUCAUUUUCUUAACAAGAACAGCUUACAAAGGACUAUUCUACAAUUUUCCUGCUUUCGAAAAUAUUCUUGCAAUUAUCAGUUAAACUUGAAUGGUAAUAAGGGAAAAUAACAAGUAAAACCUUCUUAACCAAUUUAAAUUAUACGUAAAACUAAAAAAUGUUGAAAUCAUGAAAAAUAGAACUAUGAAGAAAUUUGGUAACACCUGAAACUUCAGUAUAACUAUGAGCAAAUAUUUUGGGGGGGGAAACUAAAAAAAAUUUCGCGCCUAAUCGAUAAUAUUCCAAAAAUCUCAAUUAUUUCGGUCAAAAAGUAGACUCCCUCUCUGCUCUCCGUCUCGUCUCGUCUACUGUGCUCUGUCUCACUUUAGUCAAUUAUUUCUCUCUCUCUCUCUCCUCUGAGACAAAUCCUCUCCUCUCUCACCUGAAAUAGAUAAGACUUACUCUCUUCUCAUCUCGUUGAUAUCUACCGACCUCCCUUCCUCAUCUUAUCUACUCCACUCCUCCUCCUCCUCACACUCCUCACACUCUUCCCUCCCUCAUCUUAUCUAUUUCAAAAUUCCCUCUACUGACGAUGACUCACCCGUACCAAGAGAUGAAGGACAUGAAGAAACACAAGAAACACUACGACAUGUUAGGCUACAUUUGCGAUGCCCAGUAUGGAAUUCCUACCCGUUGUCCAUGUGGCGGUGAAAUCAAGACAGAUGUUUCUCCAAAUCCUAAGUAUCGCCACGAUUUCGAUACCUUGCCUGGGAGUAGGUACUUCACCUGCAAGAAUUAUGAGGACGAUGGGAUGCACUUUCGUCAGCCAUGGGCUUUUGGUGUUGAGGAUGAAGUGAGGCGCCUAAGGAUGGAGGUGAAUGACAUGGCUGAAGAGAUUGCUAAGCUUAAGAGGAUUAUAACCUCUACCUCUCGUCCAUGAGAUUCUCAAAUCUCAAGUUCUUACUAUGGAUGUGCUAAAAAUAAGAACUUUGCUUUGUAUUCCCUAUCUAUUUCCAGUUUCGGUUACAAGUCUUUUUUUUUGUUCUGUUAAGACUUGUAUAAGUACUACUAGGUUUGUUCUGUUAAGUCUUUGAAUCUUAUCUAAUGUUAGACUUAUUAUGUGGUUAUGUUAAGAACUUUGUUUGUCUUGAGUGUUGGCUUAGUGGAUUUCAUUUCAAUUGGUAUUAUGUCAUAUAAUUAUCAUUCACCUAAAACGAGACAAAUCUAAUAACAAUAUUACAACACUAAUAUAACAUAACAACUUAGUCAUAACAUAGUUAAAGUUGUAAAUCCACAUCACAAUCAAGAUAAACAUUCAGACUUCGUUAGUCUUUAACAAAAAAAAAAACGAUUUAACAUAAAACAUCCACAGACUUUGUUUCACUCAACUCCACUCGACUUCACUUGGUUUUCUGUUUUUUGCCUUUCCCCACAGACUUCUGGGUUUUCUUUCUUUUGCCUUUCCCUUGUGAUUCUGCUUCUUCAACCUCUACUACUUUGCCUUGUGCUUCCUUGACAAACUCCUCAAGCGGGGCCAAUCUCCCAUCCAGCUGGUCAACUUUCUUGUCAAUUUUCCUCAUCAGUUUCAUUGUUUUUUUCAGCAUAUUCAUAACAUCUCCCAGCUGAAUCGACUGCUCACCUACCUGUACUCCAUCCCCUGUUGCAUCUUCAAUUGGUUCUGGCUGUUUUUCACGCCCAGCUACAUCUUCGUCGAACAUGUCUUUAAAAAAAACCUUCUGCCCUGCAUCCAGACACUUCUCCCAACUGUCCACAGCUAUAUCAGAUUGAUCAACAUCGUCUUCAUCUUCCAUAAUCUCAUCCAAAAGGCUAUCUUCUCGUGAAGUUUUGGUGGGGAUGAUGCUGUCAAUAUCCUGUCACACACAUAAAUAAUUUUAAAACUUAGCAAUUUCUAAUGUCUAAAAAGAAAAUAAGUACUACCUUACUUCUACCACAGUUCUACUUUAUUCCUACCCUAGUUCCCUUUCUAGUACUACAAUACUUCUACCACAGUUUCACUUUAUUCCUACCCUAGUUCCACCACAGUUCACAGGAAGACUUACAGUUGUGUUACCCAGUUCCUUGUUUAUCACAGAAAGUGACACCCCUGUCAUUCCAUUUUGUUUAAAGUAGGACUUGCACAUCCUCGGACAGUCGCGCCCAGCUCCAACCAGAGUCUCUCUGAACGCUAUUCCUAGCUUCGGAAUUGCCUCGAAUGCAAGAAGCUGUUACACACAACAUUUUUGCAUUAGUAAACAACAAUGCUGUCAGACUGGUUUAAUGGGAUUUUGCAUACCUCUAAUGGAACACAGAAACCUGGUAGCGGCCAUAAUGUUUUCUCUUUCACCUCCCCUCCAAAAUGCUUCAUUGUGUGAGAGAUCUCCUUCAGCAUGUAAUCAUAGGAAAAUCUCCCCCAUGGAAAGGACUUGCAGUACUCAAGAUCAUCCACUGCUCUCUGGAACACCUCCAAUACAUCAUUAGCCUUGUGUCCAACCUUCGCUUGCGCACAAACAACCGAAGCUAAGAAGAAUAGAACCGCCAUCUUCAGUCUGUCUUUGUGGGGUCCCAUGUUCACCAGCUUCUUCUUAACAUCCUCUAACCUUCUCGGUUCUCCUUCCUUGAAAUGACGAUCAACGAACCUCGUCCCACCAAGCUCUUUAUAGCCGAGAGGAUAGUUCUGGCAGAAUAGCCCAGAUAUCAAACCAUGUUCCCUCAGCCCGUAACGGAUUGGAACCCCAUUCACAAUAAACCACACUUCUCUCAGCUUCUCGAUACCAGCAGUACGCAACAACAACAUCCACAUUCCCUGAACCCUGUGGUUAGUCUCUAUCUUCAUGUGGAAAAUGUGUCUGAAUUGAGGAUGCUCUGUGAACCAGCUCAUCUCGGCGUUAGACAGCUUGGGUUUCAGAUUUUUUAGCGUCUUAAUCGCGCUAGCUAUCAUACACCUUGUCCCUAGCUUUAUUUUUUUUUUGUACUCGGUUGGCUUGAAGAACAUGCUGGUUGGUUUGAUUGCCUCGAUUGCCACAUUUUCAUUCAAACCCUACAAGUUAUACCAAAGUAUUCACCAUGUUAUACCAAAGUAUUCACCACGUUAUACCUAAGUUAUAUCCAAGUCAUACUAAAGUUAUAUCCAAGUUAGCUAUAUCCAAGUUAUAUCCAAGUUAUAUCCAAAUUAUAUCCAAGUUAUAUCCGUUUACACAAUUUCAGUUUACCUCUACCAAAACUAACAUGUUAUUCCUAUACUUCCCCUAGUAUUACUAGCAUUAACACACUCAAUUGAAAAUUUGUUACAUUUGUUACCUCUGGUUCAGUUGGAUUUCCGGGUUCAGGUGGAUUCUCAUUGUCGUCUACAUUUGGUAACUCUUCUCGGUCAUUUUCUUCUUCAGAACCUUCAUUCUCAUUAUCCUUUCCUUCUCCGUCUCCAUUUCCUUCUCUGUCACCAUUUCCUUCUCCAUAACCUUCAGUAUCUCCGUCUCCAUUUCCUUCUCUGUCACCAUUUCCUUCUCCAGAACCUUCAGUAUCUUCCUUCUCAUCUGCUUCUUCUUGUUCUUCUUCACCAUCUUCAUUCUCCUGGCUAGAAUCAUCGGAACGGUCGUCAUGAUCAUUCUCUUCCUCUCCAGAACCGGCUUUCUGAUUCUCUUCAUCUCCAGAAGAAGGUGUUUCCUCAUUCUCUUCUUCUUCAGGUUCAGUCCCUAUCGCCGGAGUUGCUGGAGGAGCUGGAGGAGAUGGGCCAGCAGGACCUUUGUUCAUUGUCGCCGGAGCAGUUUCUAAAGCCACAUCACUCGCCUCCGUUAUCUCUGCCGUACUCUCCCUCGCGUCCUCACUCGUCUUCUCCGCCGAGACAUCCGUCGUCUUCUCCGUCGAGACAUCCGUCGUCUUCUCCGUCGAGACAUCCGUCGUCUUCUCCGUCGAGACAUCCGUCGUCUUCUCCGUCGAGACAUCCGUCGUCACCUCCGUCGAGACAUCCGUCGUCUUCUCCCUCUAGUCAACAAUCUCCGUCGUCUUUGCCGUUCCCGUCGAUUCAACAUUCUCCGUCGUCGUCUUCUCAAUAUUAUCGGAGGUCGUCUUUACAAACUUCACUUUCCGAACCUCUUCCUUCGUUGGAUUAUCCUUCCUCUUACCCCCUCCUCUCGUUUCGACCACCAUAUCGUAAUCGUUGUUGGCUCCUCUGAACUCACCGAUUGAUUUUCAAAACUAGAGUUUCUUCUCGUUUAAAGUGGAGUGAAAAGAGGGGGGAGAAAUGGGAGUCGAAUGAAUUAAUCAAUUGGAGGAUUUAGGGAAAUUGUAAAGGGUUUGAUAAAACCGACAGAUUUGGUUUGGUUUCGAAGGAUGGGUUUGGUUUUGAGGGAUUGGUUUGGUUUCCAGGGAUUGGUUAAACGGUUCAACGAUUUGGUUCAAUUGAAUUGACUAUACAUUCGGGUCGGGUCCUCGCGGAUGGGUUAUACACUGGUACAACUUGUAAAUCCUUCAUUUAUUCCAGGGUUUUUUGUCAUUUCCGCAUUUUUCGAUUUUAAAAAUAAAUAUUUAUCUUUCUGUUAAUAGGGGUGUCUUUCUGAGAUUGCCUUUUUACAUUUGGGGGCUUGAGAGGAGAUGCCUCUGUUCAAUUAUCCUUUUUUUUUCUUCGUUCGUUUUCUCUGAUCGAGGUGCUUUUAAUCCUUUUUCUUACUUUUUUUUCCAGCCAGUUCAGGAACCAGUAUUGUUCAUAACUUGACUCAUAACUUGACUCUUAAUUUAUAUGUAUAAACUGUUUUUUUUCCUUGAAACAGGGCUUAUGAAUAAACUACUUUUGAUAGUACUGAAUUUGAUUUUGUCUAACGGUUCAUGUGGAUAGUCAAUAAAUUCCUAAUUGGCUGGUUUUAGUGUCGGAUGCAACUAAUGCCUAUAACAAUUGACAGGUUAGUGCUCUCUCUAUAAAUCCCCUAGACAAUGAAGUAAUAUAUUGAUAGUUAAGUUGUGAUUUUGCUGUUGUAGACUUUAUGAAAUUGAUCAAGAAAUGGCAUUGCUUCCUUCUGAAUCUUCCAUUGUUAUAUUUACUCUGUCACUUAACGGAUUGUAACGUGAAUCAAUAUGUUAGCUCAUUCAAACUCUGAUAUAUUUAUGUGCAAAUCUGAGAAAAAUCAAUGAAUAAAAGCAAUGUUAUAGGAUACAUUUCGCUCACAAUGAACAAAACAAAGCACUUCCUUCACGCACACAUAUAUCCUUUUAUACAAAGAAUCAUAUACUUGAGGAUAUCUACAACACUGAUUAGAGAUUCUAAAAUAAUGGAACUCGUUUUCAGGUUUAGGCAAGGAUAUAAGCUAAUCUCGCUUGGGUCGAGGAGCUUUCGAGGAACUUCUUCUUUUGUGGUCGGAAAGAUAACGGAGGAUUGGUGAAGUGGAUCGUCGGAACAGAGGAUUGAUCACAUUCCUGCCCUCUAAAACUCCAGAAGCCGCAGUUCGGCGGUGGUGCUGCAGUCAUCGUCUUUGAAGUCAGCAAGAAGAGAGAAGUUCGCCACUAUACUCUGCGAAAGGUUUUGGUGUCAAUAAGAUUGUGAGGCACAAAGUGAUGAAUUUCACAAAGACAAACUAAGCUAUUUAUAGCUCCAGAAUCACCGACUGAAAGAAAAUGGGAGAUGCAAAUAUGCAAUGAAUGUGAUACCGUGGAAGGAGUGGGGGAAAUGGAGUUAAUUGAGACCUUAAUGACAAUGAUUGAACGCAGAAGGGAUCCGUAACGGAGGAGAAGAAUCUCACACAAAACAACGCGAAAGAAGCUCGACCAAAAGAUCCCUCUCCAUUCAACUCCAUUGUCGGUUUAGGUAGAUCGAAGAGAGUCAUCACCUCUGGUGCCCCCAAAUGUGAUAAUCCAAUCUCUAUUAGACACCCUAAUAAACAGAAAAAUAAAUAAUUUGUUUUUAAUUCGGAAAAUAACGAAAUGACAUAAAACCCUGGGAAUAGUUGAAGUAUUUACAAGUUAUACCAGGGUAUAACCCAUCCGCCCGACCCGACCCGUUUGAAUGGGUAAAUCAAUUGAACCGAAUCGUCUAACCGUGUAACCAAACAAACCAAUCCCUGAAAACUCUCCCAAACCAAAGCUGUCGGUUUUAGCAAACCCUCUCAAUGUAUUUGACCGAAAUCCCCCACCCCAAUUUCGAAUUUUUUUUUUCAUUUCGAGUUCCUCAUUCUUUCCUCACGAAAAAGAACCCUAGUUUCCAAAAUCGAGCUUGAUUCGGUGAGAAUCGGAGAUAGAAUCCGGUGAUAUCUUCCGAUUGCGAUGGUGGUCGAAACGCGACGGGGUAAGAGGAAGGAGAAUCCAACAGAGGAAGAGGGUCCGAGAGUGAAGUUUGCAAAGACGGGCUCCGGAGAAAAUGUGGAGAAGACGACGGAGGAGGGUGAAACGAGGGCGGUGGAGAUUGUUGAAUCGACGGCAAAGACGACGGAUGAAUCGACGGCAAAGACGACGGAUGUCUCGAUGGAGAUGAAUCAGACGACGGAUGGCUCGACGGAGAAGACGAGAAAGGACUCGUCUGAGAAUACGGCGGAGAUGACUGAGCCGUUUAAUGUGGUUGCAGAAGCUGCUCCGACGACACUGAACAAAGGUCCUGGAGAUGAAGAGAAUGAGGAAACCGCUUCUGGAGAUGAAGAGAAUGAGGAAACCGCUUCUGGAGAUGAAGAGAAUGAGGAAACCGCUUCUGGAGAUGAAGUGAAUGAGAAAACCGCUUCUGGAGAUGAAGUGAAUGAGAGUUCUGAAGAAGAACAAGAAAACCCAGAUGGAGAGAACGAGAGUUCUAACCAGGACCAUGAAGAUUCUGAAGAAGAACAAGCAAAUGGAGAAGGAGAAGAGGAAGCAAACGAGAAUGGGAAUCCACCUGAACCUCAGGUAACAAAUUAACAAUGAGUUUGAAUAAGAAAUGAUUCGGGAGAGGUAGUAAAUCGAAUGGGUUAACGUUAUGUUAGUAAUACUAGGAGAACUAUUGGAAAAACUGUCAGUUUUGGUAUUACUUAAGUUUGCGUUAGUAUAACUUGAGUAUAACUUGAGUAUAACUUGAGUAUAACUUGGGUAUAACUUGAGUAUAACUUUAGUAUAACGUUUGUAUAAGUUGGAUAUAACUUGGAUAUAACUUGCAGGAUUUGGAUGAAAAUGAGGCACCCGAGGCAAUCAAACCAACCAAUAUGUUCUUCAAGCCAUCUGAGUACCGGAAAAAAAUAAAGCUAGGGACGAGGUGCAUGAUAACUAGUGCGAUUAAGACGCUACGCAAUCUGAAACCGAAGCUAUCUAACGCGGAGUGGAACUGGUUCACGGAGCAUCCUCAAUUCAGACACAUUUUCCACAUGAAAAGCGAGAACAACCACAGGGUUCAGGGUAUGUGGAUGUUGUUGCUGCGUACUGCCGGUAGCGAGAGGCGGAGAGAAGUGUGGUUCAUUGUGAAUGGCGUUGCCAUCCGUUAUGGGCUGAGGGAACACGGUUUGAUAUCUGGGCUAUUCUGCCACAACUAUCCUCUCGGCUACAAAAAGCUUGGUGGGACGAAGUUCGUUGAUCGACAUUUCAAGGAAGGAGAACUUAGAAGGUUGGAGGAUGUUAAGGAGAAGCUCGUGAACAUGGGACCCCACAAAGACAGACUGAAGAUGGCGGUUCUAUUCUUCUUAGCUUCUGUUGUUUGCGCGCAAACGAAGGUUGGACACAAGGCUAAUCCUGUGUUGGAGGUGUUCCAGAGAGCAGUGGAUGAUCUUGACUUGUGUAAGUCCUUUCCAUGGGGGAGAUUCUCUUAUGAUUACAUGCUGAAGGAGAUCUCUCACACAAUGAAGCAUUUUGGAGGGGUGGUGAAAGAGGGUACAUUAUGGCCGCUUCCGGGUUUCUGUGUUCCACUAGAGCUUCUUGCAUUCGAGGCAAUUCCUAAGCUAGGAUUGGCGUUCAGAGAACCUGUUGAAGAAGCUGAUGUCAACUGCCCGAGGAUGUGCAAGUCCUCAGUCAAACGAAAUGGAAUGACAGGGGUGUCACUUUCGGCGAUAAAUAAGGAAUUGUCUAACACAACCGUAAGUUAACCUGUAAACUAAAGUAGAACAAGAGUAAUACUGUGGUAGAACUAGAGUAAUAUGGUGGUAGGAUUAAAGUAAAACUAGGGUGAACUAAGGUAGGACUAGAUAAUGGAACUAUAUGGUUGAACUAAGGUAGGACUAGAUAAUGGAACUAUAUGGUUGAACUAAGGUAGGACUAGUAACGGAACAAUGGUCUCACUUAGUUGCUAAGAUUCAAAAAUAAUUAUGUUUGUGAUAGGAUAUCGACAGUAUCAUCCCCACCAGAACUCCACAAGAAGAAAUGCUCUUGGAUGACAUUUUGGAAGAUGAAGACGAUGUUGAUGAAUCUGAUAUAGCUGUGGACAGUUGGGAGAAGUGUCUGGAAGGCUAUAAGGUCUUUUUUCAAGACAUGCACGACGAGGAUGUAGCUGCGCGCCAAAAUCAGGCAGAAGCGAGUGAACCUGCAGGAGGGGAUGGAAUAGAAGCAGGUGAGCAGUCCAUUCAACUGGGAGAUGUUAUGAAGUUGGUGAAAAGAACGUUGAAACUGAUGAGGACAGUUGACAAGAAGGUUGACCAAUUGGAUGGGAGAUUGGCCCCGCUUGAGGAGUUUGUCAAGGAGGCACAAGCUAAAGCAGUAGAAGAAGAAGCACCAGCACAAGAGAAAGCGAAGAAACAAAAACGCAGGAAGAAGUGAAGCAGAGAUGCCUCACUUGCUUGGUGUGUUAGAACUUUGUUUUUAUGUUUUUUAUGAAGUAGACAAACGAUGUUUUUUGAUGUGUUUCUUGUUUGUGAUGUGGAUUUAUAACUUUUAACUAUGUUAUCAAAUCUUUGUUGUGGAUGCUUUUACUUUUAUUGUGUUGGUCGAGUGAGAGUCUAGGAGAUUACCAAUUGAUAAAGUCUAGGAAAUUAGUUUAAGAGAGAGUACACAUCAUUGGAAAUGUGUAGGAAAUUAGUUUUUUAGAAUAAUGGUUGAUGAUGAAAGUUUAAACAUAGAGUACCAAUUGAUAAACAUAAGAGUGCUUAGCAUAACAUAAGUUUGAACACAUAAACUUACACAAGUCUUAACAAGAGUCGUCUCUCUUAACAAACAAAGACUUGUGUUAACCGAAAUAA